AUGGUGCACUUGUUCUCGGGCAAGGACAAGGAAGGUGACCCUCUUCGUCGAUUGGAUGGAGCAAGGUCAUCGGGACUCGAGGAGCUUGUGUACCUGGAAGUGGAUUUGGCUCGAGAUAAGGCUUGGAACGUCGCUGUGGGUCCUCUUUACAAGGUCUUGCUCUGGGCGGCAGCCAAGGGAAAGAUUGAGGGUGUCUUCGGAGGACCACCAUGUCGAUCAUAUUCGUUGCUGAGGUUCCGUGAAGUACCUGGUUUGAAUCUUCCCAGGCCAGUAAGAUCAGUGCAAGAGCUUUGGGGAAAAUCAAGGGGGUUGACAGUUGAGGAGGAGACCUUAGUCCACAAUGACAACAAGUUGAUCCUUCGCACGGUUUGGCUGUGGUUAGUUGCAGAAGAGGGUAAAAGGCAACCUUGGGGAUAUGACACGGUGGGGUCCAUGGUAGCGUUUGCACUGGAGCAUCCCGAAGAUCCACGUGAAUUUCUACCAAGAGGUGAUCUAUAUGAGCAGUGCACAUCGUUCUGGAGAACCGCUUUGGCAAGAGAACUUUCUCAUGGCGCUGGGUUAGCGCUCCUUACGUAUCAAUUCGAUCAAGGGUACUUUGGACAUGACCAAAGAAAGCCAACCAAGGUGCUAUCCAACAUGGACAUGGCGAACCUGGACCAGAUGAGAGAUCCGCGGGCUCAGUGGGAGAAGCCAAGGACCUCGUCAGACAUGGCAGCCUGGGCACCGGGUUUUCGAGCGAUUCUGGCACAGGGACUUCGUGAGUGGCAGGGUCAAUCUAUUGUCCAAGUGGCAGCGAUGAGUCCAGAACGAGAAGCUCUAUGGAGAGAACAUAUUCGACAAGGACAUUGGCCCUAUCGUCGGGAUUGUCGAGUUUGUGUGGAGGCAGCUGCCUCUGGAAAGCCCGCAAGGAAGGUGGUCCACAGAGAUGCCUAUGUUCUCAGUAUGGACACAGCUGGUCCUUUCAAAGAAAAAGGGAUGGACGAAAAUGGCGAAAAGUACAAGUACGUGCUUGGCUUUACCUACCUAUUCCCUAAGACUUUUGCGGCGGCGGCAGAGGCGGAAAUUCCGGACGAGGUCGAGGACUUUGAGAUGGACGAGUACGUGCCGUCAGAGGCCGAACAAGAGGAGGAGGGCGAGAGUGGCGAGCUAAGCAGAGAUGAGGCAAAACGAGAAGAGGAAUGGAACAAGUUGCUGGGCGACUUGACCAAACCGAUGGAAUGGCAGACCUUGAGGUUUGCGAUACCUCUGAAGGGAAGGCAGGCUCGGGAGACCAUGGAGGCCAUCCAGGACGUGUACGUCUACUUAAGGGCAAAUGGCUUUCCUGUAGCCAGGCUGCAUUCCGACAGAGCAAGAGAAUUUCGGACAAAGUCUUUACAUCGUUGGUGUUUGGAACGAGAUAUUUACCAAACAUUCACCGAGGGAUACAAGCAGGUGGAGAAAGAGGAGCCAGAGAUCCAUGAAGAGUAUGAGGUUGAGCUACCUGCUCCUGAACGGCGUCUUCGCGAAAAAACUACUGUCCGAGCAGUUCAUUGCAGUGAUGGACUGAAGCUAAGGGAUCAAUCGCCAGGAGCUGUGGAGUCUCCUACAUCAAGACCUUUGUCGCCUACCUCACAAACAUCAGCGCAGGACUCUAUGCAAAAUCCUGAGAUGGUAGCGGCUCAAAUGGCAUAUGACGAAGAAUAUGAUGAUGAGGACCUGAUCAACUUGCUUCGCCUGGUGAACUUGGAAGCCACGUCAAAGCCGGUGAGACAAGAAGAGGGACAAUGGUCGGGAUCAUGGGGAACGGGAGCGUUUGUACAUGGGGGAGUGUGUGGACUACGCAACAACAUAAAGAAGCACCCUAAUGUGACUAUGUACUUGGCCCACUUCAUCAAGAAGAAGAUCCCAAAGGACCACCCGUUCAGUGCGUUGGUGGUGAAUGUUAAUCAACAUAUACUACCCCAUCGUGAUGUUCACAACCACCCUGAGGUUCCCAACAUGGUGUACGGUUGCGGAAAUUAUCAAGGUGGUCAAAUAUGGCAACAAACGUCAGAACCGGAAGAUAGCGACUUGGACGAGGAAUGGGAGAUUGAAGGUCAACCAGUUCGAGGUAGAUCGUUCCCGGUGAAAGGCGAAGCCAGACCUUUGUGGACAAGAAGAUGGCAUGCCGUGAAGGACUGGAAGGGUGACAGAAUAACAGUGGUGGCGUUUGAACCGAGGCAUAUGGAAAGACUGUCGGAAGAGCACAAGGGUGUCCUGGAGUUCUUAGGUUUUCGUCCACUACUACAAGAAGUGAGGCUCGCUCCUAUGAGGGAGAUACAAACCUUCAUGGAUGAGGAGGAGUAUCCUUGCAGUGAUGAUGUGGAGCUUGGAUCUUUGAAUUCAAGGCCGAGGAUAGAAAUCACCUCGUCAAGUGGGGGACCAACUAUGUCUAUGGAAGACAGACCACCACAAUUACAACCUACACAGGAUCUGAGGGGCAUGACCAAUCCUUUGAGCAGGGCCUCGGCAACUAGUUGGUUUCGAGAAGAGAGAAACGGCUAUGCUGGGGGCUGGGAGCAGGAUGUCCAACUUCAGGAUGGCACCAUUGAGGUUGGCGUUUCUUGGUCUCUGAGGUAUGUGGCGGAGAAUGGUCAGGAGAUUGAGUAUGACGAGGGUCCAACUGGACGCAUGUCGGGAGUAGAGCGAGUUCGAUAUGAAGACCGUUUGAUGUGGGUGAGUGCAAUUCUGCAAGAAGAGGUGCAUCUGCGGCAAGAACGAGCAACCUUGGGUAUUGAUCCUGAUCCACGGCAGCAACGCGUGAUUGAUCUCCUUGAAGAAUUGCAUCAGCGACUCUUUGACUACCUGCAGAUAGACAUACAACGUGAAGAGGAAGCGCGGAUGCACAUGAUGAAGGUCUCUGUGGAGGAGGCAGUCACCGAGAACGUAGAGCAGUUGAACUUUGCGACCGAUACCGUUGUCAUUGAGGCGGAAAAGGGGGAAAUCAAGUUGGUCCCGGGCAAGACAGCACAUACCGUCAAACCUCCAGACGUUGCAGGCCCAGCCAUCGAGGACAAGCGGGAGUACUACAAGAGGAAAACUCGGUUGGUUAUUUGUGGUAACUACAUCGCUGAAGGGGGCACUGAGGUGUAUACAGCCGCGGCUACGGCGGAGUCACUCCGAUGUUCACUGGCGGUCUCAGCACAUCGAGCAUGGGAUGCAGGAACCACGGAUAUCAAUAGUGCCUUCACUUUGACUCCAAUGACGGAAUCCAAGGUCCAGUAUGCCAUCACGAUCCCAAGAGUAGUGGUGGGUGCUGGAUACGCCGAGAAGGGCAUGGCCUAUAUGGUGGAGAGGGUACUAUAUGGUCUCCGUGAAGCACCCAGACUAUGGGGAGGUUUUCGGGAUCGUCGUGUCAGAAAAGCCAAGCUGUACUUCAGGGAGAUUGAGCACCAGUUUUCUCAGAUGGAGACUGAUGAGUCAGUAUGGCGAUUACAUCCAGUCUCAGAACCCACGCAGACUGUGGCACUUAUGGUGAUCUACGUCGAUGACGUCCUGCUCCUGGGUGAGGAGGAGAUUAUCAUGGUGAUGUACCAGUGGAUCACCGAGGGCGAGGAAGGCUGGAAAUGUAGUCCUUUGGAAAUGGUUACACAGAAGGCAGUUCGCUACUUGGGCAUGGAGGUCCGACGUGUUCAACAAGCCGGGCUGGUUUGUUUCCAUGUCUCUCAGAUGGGAUAUACAAUGGAUCUUCUGCGACAAUAUGAAGGACACCACCUGGUGAGUAGCGCUGUCCCGCUUACUAGGGACACUAUACCGGAAAAUCAUGAGGAUGAGGAUGCCGAUGAUGAACAAGAUCCAGAACAAGUACAUCGUGCUCAAAAAUUAGGCGGUGAACUUCUCUGGUUGGCAAUGAGGACAAGACCGGAUAUCAGCUUUGGCGUAUCUCAUCUCUGUAGCCUGACAACAAGAAAACCAGAAGCUGCUAUCAAGGUGGGCAAAAUGAUCCUUAGGUACCUCUCGGGCACUGCAGAUGUUGGCCUUGUGUAUGAAGGUACGGGACCCGAAUUGGUGGCUUUUUCGGAUGCAAGUUUUGCACCACAUGGAGGCAGAAGCUUCGGAUGUGCCGCGACUGCAGUCUAUGGAGGAUUUGUGGCAUGGCGGAUGGCAAAACAAUCGGUGGUGGCUAUGAGCGUCGCGGAGGCCGAGCUCUACGAGAUCGUGAAUGCAGUACAACAGGCCUUGGGAGUCAAGGAAUGGCUCAAGGAGAUCAACCCCAACGCCGAGGUCAUGGUCUUGGUGGACAAUACCGCAGCCCUGGGACUGGCUAGCGAAGCCCCAGGAAGUUGGAAAACAAGGCAUCUGAAGGUGCGAGCUCGCUAUCUACGCCAAGAAACAGCAGCUGGGCGACUUCAGCUGCGCCAUGUUCCGGGAGAAGACCAAGCAGCCGAUAUGGGCACUAAACCUUUGGCAGCGCCAAGGCUGGAAACCCUGAAGAGGCUGUGGAAAAUGACUCGGUGCAGUGAGUUCCUCAAGAAUUGGACCUCAAGUCAGCAGGUGACGGUUAAGGUGGUUCAAGGGCCCGGAGUCAAUGUGGCCAAAAUGUUCAUCCUGGUGGUGAUCUUGUCACUGAUCGCGGGUGUCACCUCCGAAGAGCACGGCAAGGACAACGCUCCAGUCAAGGCGCCUUUGGCAGUGGACGGGGGUUUCGAGUUGUAUUUCCUAAUGGGUAUAGGGGGUUUAGCCCUACUAGCAGUCUGGGAAGUACUUAAAUGGACGCUUAACAAGCUCCUGGGCCCAAGUCCUGGUGCAGUCGCGCGGGCUAGGAGACUCCUGCGUAUACGCGACCAAACGGCCAGGGCAUUGCGAGAAGAGUUGGCCAUGCUGGAGGAUGAUCAGUCCGUGACAGGGGAGCACCUGGCAACUGGUGAAGCGACCGGGAGUGGCCAAGCCUCGACAACCAAUGCGAGAAAUGAGAGCAAUGGACCGCGGAUGACUGAGACCGUGACCGCACAACAAGUGGCAGAGCAACGGCAGUAUGAUUUCCAUAUCCUGCAAACACCGCUUAUCAUGUCCGAGAAGGGCGACAAACUGCAUCUUCGUGAGGGCUGCUUUGGGCUACGGAAUGCCAAUAGACACCGUUUGCGCAGACUGGAAGUAUGCUCGUGCUGUUUGGAGCAGUACCCGUUGUACUACAGGCUGCCGUUCAAUGAUCAGCCGUUGGAAAGAACGCAGUAG